CUCCAGCUUCCUGUAUUUUGGCGGCUUUCGGUGUUGCCCUUCCUAACUUCCUGCAGUGUCGUGUGCCGCUGACCCAGCCGAUGCAGAUGGCAAUCACUGAACCCGAACGGCUACUGAACGAGUAUCGUUCUCACUUGAGUGAACAUGGAGGUAUCAUGCUGGAGUCUAUCCCCCAUUUGCUUGAGCUGAUGAAGUCAACCAAUGGGAAACUGGUCCCUAAAUGCAUUGCCUUGUGCAUUAUUUCGGCAUCUGUAUCGGAUGUUCAGUCCAAACUAUGCAAAGAGGGUGCGUGGGACAUCUUACUGAAGUGGCUACAAGAGGCCUUGAAGGAAGAUAAUGUUCCGUUUCUCAUGGAGUUGUUGAACGUCUAUCGUGUGCUACCUGUCAGACUUGAACAGCUAACUCAAAAUGUCUGCCCUAAGCUCAUCAAUUCGUUGACGAAGCGAUGUGAGCAUGAUGGUAAAUCUCCCUCAGGUUUUAGCUUAUUCUUUCAGCGGUACGGGUUCUAGCAGGAGAGAUUGUGAAAAAGUGGAAAGGUGUCAUAAGUUCUGACUCAAGACGUCUUGAAAGUAGGUCGCCGCCUGUCAUUUGUGAUUUCCUAGCCGCAGAAUCGAAGAAAAAACGCCUGGAUAUCAUCCCUAAAUCCGAUGACUCAAUGUCAACAAAUGACGUGAAACAUGACAAGAAGCGUCCUAGAACCGUCAAAAUGCCUCCAACAUUAAUGCGUACGGCGGGUAUAGAAGAUGUACCGCAUACUCACCCAAAGUCACGAUCUGAGGUGCUGGCAAAGAAAAGGUGGGUGGUUUUAUUUCUCAUGGCUAAUUCUGGCAGUAAACUGGACACGGAGUCCAAACUGAUAUCAGAGCUUCCAAUAGAGUCGUUCCACCAGAAGAUUACUGUGACACCCACUGAACCCCGAAAAGGUAAGCAAACUAUAGAACUCUAACACAUGUGCUAGUGGUUGCUGAGAUUCACGAAAGCCCAGAUUUUAUCAAUGCGCUCACUACGGCCCCUUGUUCUGUGGUACGGAAGAAACGGAAAUUGCCCCCACUCAAAACCGAGGCCUUCUCUAGUGAUUUGAUACAGGUGCGAUUCUCUGAUUUCCUUCUCAUUCUCAGCAGGUAAAGGAUGCCGAUUCUAAUUGCUCAUCUGAAGCAAUGGAUCAAGACAGUAACACUGAAAAAGAUUCACCAUCGCCGUGCACAUCUGGGAUGGGCACUAAGAAGUCUUCCAUGACAUCAUUGUCCUCGUCUUUCUCCUCCGAAAGCAGACCCAAGAAGCGAGUCUCUUGGGCUGACGAGGACAAGUUGCAGUCGUUCUUUUAUUUUGAGCUUGAUGAGUCCGAGAGAGGUCAGUUGCUCUUCGCGUUGCUCGGAUCCCGCUUCUCUGAGCGCCGGCUGAUGUGCUUAUUCGCAAUUCACCAACUAUGUUUUAUUUUCAUUUUGCGUAGUUAACGUCAAUCGGGUCUCAGUGGACGACAUACGGCGGAAAGAGCUGUCUCUGGAGCGUCAGUUAUUCAAGCGAAACAAUGGGGAUGCUUUAAUUAGUUCUCAGAAGUGGCACACCCCCUUGCCUUUGGAGAGGAUAUUCCUGGUGGAGCCUGGAUACAAGUCUUCUGAGCGCCAAAUUCAAACAGAACGAGAACGAUAUGUACUUCAGGCAAUCUAUUUUACUCGGGAAAGCAUACCACCAAGCGCUGAAGAACCUGAUUCUGAGAUUGUUGAGCCAAGUGUCCCUCUGGAUAUCCCACUUGAAGAUCUGACAAUUUCGGAUCCAGGUUCCGCCGCAGACCCACUGCUUGUGGUCAAGGAUGCCAUGGGUAGCACUCAAAUGUCUCUAAAUCCAGAAGUAGCUGAUUUAGUCAAAUCUCUUGCUGCCAAUUUGUCGGCUACACCGUCUGUGAUUACGGCCUCAUCUAGUGUGACCCCAGAAAACUCACAACCUGUGUUUACACCCAAACCGAUAGAUUCGACGGUACCCUGGAACGAGCCAAACCAUGUUACUGAAUCCGGGACUGCUUCCGAUCAGAGUUUGCAGCGUGAACUAUGGGAUGUGCUAGAGGAAAACUACCCGGAUCUGAACGUCCGCGAAUUGAGUGCAGAUCGUAUUCGCGACUUGCUGGAACCCCUUCGGGACCAGCUUGUUGCUCGAGGCAUUUUCCAGCUACCAUAUGCGGAAAAGUACCCCGUUUCGUUUCCGCCACCGCAGCUCUCACCUCCACGACCGCAUUCUUCAUACGGCAUGCGGCCAGGUUAUCCCGGCCAUCGACCUCCUCAGUUGAUGUCUCUAUUUCCACGACCAGACUUUUUGCCAGCUCAUCCCCGCCCUGGUCCGCCACCCGGCGGGUUCCGUCCUGUGCCACCCCCAGUGCAGAAUCGACCCCCACCCUUCCUCUCCGGUGGUCCCCCGCCCCACUAUUCCCGUGCUCCUGGACCGAUGCAUGGUGGAUCCCAGCCUCCCCACCGUCCCGCACCCUAUUCCAGGGGUGGGGGACGAGGUAGCCAACUUUGUAAAUUUUUCCAACAGGGUAGUUGUCGCAAUGGUUCCGCGUGUCCUUUUCUACAUACCAAACGAUGAUAGUUUUUUUUAUCUCGUUACCAUUUGGUGACUUGUGUUUACCUCCUUGUACAGUUUUGACUUCCUCAUCAUUCGCUUACGUCGCAACUUACCCGCGACCCAUUUGUAUAUAUACUGUUCAUCCCAGAAGAACAUGAUAAGUCCUAUUUAAAACGGAAAUUUCUCUGUUUAACAAAACAACAGUGGCUGAGGUAGAGUAAAUAAUCAACCCAACUGCCAGCACCAGUUGUGUACUCAAAUAUAGAAUUGGAAUUCUUUAUCCGGGUUCAUAUAUCGCAGAGGUUGAUUUCCAAUGUAACGCAGAAGUUUAUUUUUGGUCUGCUCACUCAACGGUUUGAGUAGAACCUGG